GCUUAGUUUGCCUGUUUUAUCUACGGGCUUAAUAGAUAUAACACUGUGAGUAUAUUGUUGAACAUCUGUGAGAUUAGUACUACGUUUCUUUUGCUUUUUUACAGGCAACUGAUCCAAGAACAUGAAUGGUUUUGUUUAAAAUGUUGAAUCCUGCCCUUUUUAAUGAUAUCAAUAGAUGCAUUUCAACGGGUAAAGAGGGAUACAGAGCGAUUUAUUCAGAGCGAGUAUCGGUUCAGAUUUGGAUAUUGUAAGCACUUUCAUAUGAAAAUGGUUAAGAAAUGGGCGAAGAAAGAACCGAGAAAUCAAAUGAGGUAAUGCAGUCUUGUCACGAACCCUUCAGUUCUUUGCAAGCAGAUCGAAAUUGAAUAUCCCAUUGGUAAGUUUCUUUCUCUUUAAUUUUGAGCGGCUGAGUCAUCUUCUUGCCAAGACUGCGCUGUACCAUAGUGGUCAAAUCAUGCAAUAAAACAAUCUAAAGUAAGACAAUGAACUAAUAAGAUGUUCAAUGGUUACAUUCAUAGAUUCUGUAUUUUUGUUCUGCUCUGACAUGGUUUAUUUUCUGUUUUGAAUUUGCAUGUUUUGUGUGUAUGAUGGGGGUGGGGGUGAUGUGAAGUUAAACUAUUGCAUUUAUCUACACCGGCAGGAGGAAAUGAAGUGUUUCAUGCCAUGCAUUGUUGAAAUUAAGGAAGAAUCAAGGGCAGUGAAGUCAAAUUUGGCUAUCCCUUCACCUUCUGCCUUUCUUGAUGAGCAUGAUCUUGCAUCUACUUCUCUGAAUGCCUCAGACUCCACCACGAGUACAGAAUCUUCCAGGAGCAGGACAACCCAGUUUCCUAAUUCAUCUAAACGCUCCUCAGACCUCGGGCAGUUUACAUUCUCAGAACUGAAAGAAGCAACAAAAAAGUUUAGUAGAUAAACCAAGAUUGAGGAGGGUGGGUUUGGAUCUGUCUACAUGGGAACAGUUAGUAGUUUUGAAGAUCCAUGGAAGUGUUUUAAGAAUCUUAUUUCAGCCUUUGCCAUUUUCUUAUCUAAAACUUGCUUAUAUUUACUCUUUUUUGCAAGUCUUUUACGAGUCUUUUUGCAGAGAAUAUAAGAGAGCCACCUUCUGCAGAACUUUGAAGAACCAUUCAAUUCUAUUUAGUCUUAAGUGUCUUUUUGCUAGACUUUGCCUUUCUGUGUAUGUAUUUUUUUGUAUUUAGUUUCAGAGUAUGUAUUUUUUAUAUUCUGUGUAUACCUUAUGGAAAACAAAGUAAUAAUGCACUGGUUGGUUAUUUAAAUAAUCUACACAGUGCGUCUUUUUUUUAAUUAUAAAAGGC